AUGUCCUACAUUGUCCUCUUCGAACUGCCCACUCAUUCAUCAGGAACGGGUACUGGCCCCUUGUUCUCGCCCAACACAUGGACCACGCGUUUGACACUUCUACACAUGAACCUCCCGUUUCGCGUCGUAGAGCUAGACGGCCCUUCUCUUCGGCAUGAAUAUUUCACUCGAGUAUUCGGAAAGAGGCCUCUGGUGCCAAUGAUCGAAGUACCCGAUGAUCAGACUUGCGCAGAUUUACAAGAACAAGCCCUCGCUGCUUCAUCCUCCGCAUCUCAAGGUCACGAGAACGGAAGCGUGAUUGGUGGGCCGGAGUUUCUCAAAAAUCGACCUGGACCACAAGAGAGGGGCGGUAGACUGGUGAUGGAUACGAUGAUCAUAGCUCGCACGCUUCACGACAUCUUCCCCAAGCUACAUUCGCCUUUCGUCCCGGAACGAUCAGCGAGCGAGGCGUCCAUAUCGGACCUCAGAGCGGGAGCUAAUUGGGCUCAUUUGCUCAAGCGCGGCCUGGGCAACAGCGAAUCGAGAUGGAGCUGGCACUUUGAGUUGCUUGCUCCUGCCAUUGCUGCGAACAUGGAUCCCAGGGUCCGCACCUUUUUCAAGAGCGACGAAAAGAACGGCAAAGGUGGCUGGCAGAAGUUGUUGGCUCUCGAUAGAGGUACGUUGCAGCUGCAAAUUUUUCCACCCCCGGAAAAAAGGUGCGGCCACUAUACUUGGCUGCACUGCACUGUCACUGACGGGGUGCUUCCCAUCGUCUCCGUAUACCGCUACUGCAGGUGAACUGCUCGCCAGAACACGCCGGUCUUUGCGACCAAUCUCGCAUCACUUCAGCAAUCCCGUUCCGUUCAGCGAUGACUCUGCACCACCUCUUUUCCUCCAGUCGCCUACUCGCCCCGGACUUUCCGACGCCGUCAUCUUUGGACGCUACGCCAUGAGCGCGGCAACUGACUCGACGCUUUCGAAAGCUAUCUGGGCCGAAGAUCCGAAGGUGGCCAGAGAAUGGUUUGCUGCGAACAGACGCCCCGAGGAUGCAGAGCUUCCUGUCGUUGAGGGUGAAUGGGACGGGGACAUCACCUUGCCAGGGCUACAGGGCUGGAUAGACCGGGUAAGUGCAGGACCUUUCCAACCACCUGGAGCGCUGUAGGCUUACAGAUCUCCGCUUGUUGACCGAUCUCUCCUUGCGAUCACGGCGAUUCUUCUCUUCAGAUGAUGGAUUGGUCGGGUGGCCACGCGCGGAGUCAAUUGUCUCAAGAGCAAAGACCUCGAGCGAAACUGCAAGCGUCUGAUUUUGAGUGA